CCGUCUGAGCUCUGCGGAACUCAUUUUGAAAACAUUUUCAAGACUAAAAUCCGGUAGGAUUUAAAAACAGUUCCACUUCCGGUAACACCGGAAGCAAUUUGAAGAUGGCGUCCUCCUCCUCAAGCGGGCAAGCCAACGCGGAGGGGAAAAGUGAAUUUCGUAACAAGAAGCCGAAGCCGGAGAACCGAGAUGAAUCGGAACUCCUCACUGUUCCUGAUGGUUGGAAAGAACCAGCUUUUUCCAAAGAGGACAAUCCCAGAGGACUCUUGGAGGAGAGCAGUUUUGCAACUUUGUUCCCAAAAUACAGAGAGGCUUACUUGAAAGAGUGCUGGCCAUUGGUACAGAAAGCCUUGAAUGAACAUCACAUUAAUGCAACCCUGGACCUGAUCGAGGGCAGCAUGACUGUCUGUACAACAAAGAAGACUUUUGAUCCGUAUAUCAUCAUUAGGGCCAGAGACCUAAUAAAACUUUUAGCAAGGAGCGUUUCAUUUGAACAGGCAGUACGAAUUCUUCAGGAUGAUGUUGCAUGUGACAUCAUUAAAAUAGGUUCUUUAGUAAGAAAUAAAGAAAGAUUUGUAAAAAGAAGACAACGUCUCAUUGGUCCCAAAGGAUCUACAUUGAAGGCUUUGGAACUCUUAACAAACUGUUACAUUAUGGUUCAGGGAAACACAGUUUCAGCCAUUGGACCUUUUAGUGGCUUAAAAGAGGUACGAAAAGUAGUCCUAGAUACUAUGAAGAAUAUUCAUCCAAUUUAUAACAUUAAGACCUUAAUGAUUAAACGAGAGUUGGCAAAAGAUUCUGAAUUAAGAUCACAAAGUUGGGAAAGAUUUUUGCCACAGUUCAAGCACAAAAAUGUGAAUAAACGCAAGGAACCAAAGAAGAAAACUGUCAAGAAAGAGUAUACACCCUUCCCGCCACCACAGCCAGAAAGUCAGAUUGAUAAAGAAUUGGCUAGUGGUGAAUACUUUCUGAAGGCAAGUCAAAAGAAGCGACAGAAAAUGGAAGCCAUAAAGGCUAAACAAGCAGAAGCUCUCAGUAAGAGACAAGAGGAAAGAAACAAAGCUUUUAUUCCACCUAAAGAAAAACCAGUUGUGAAACCGAAGGAAGCUUCUACCGAAAAUAAAAUUGAUGUGGCCGCCAUCAAGGAAAAGGUUAAGAAAGCAAAGAAUAAGAAACUGGGAGCUCUUUCAGCUGAAGAAGUUAAGCUUAAAAUGGAAACAGAUGAAAAAAAAAAGAAGAAAAAGUAACACUAAAUAAACCCCCUGAACUAGAACUCAUUAAGCUAUCUCCUUUUGUAAAGGAUUUUGAGAUACUAGGAUGUUCGUAGCCUUAUGUGUGAGAAGAAUACCCUGAUCAUAUUUUUCUAGUUUGUGUCAUUCUUCAACUCAGUGUUUAUAUAAACAGCUGUUUCUUUAUAAAUAUAAAUUAUUGUAUUCUCUGUGUGUGAGUUUUUAAUUUUAAUGCUGCAUAGUGGUAUGUAUGUCCUUGUAUACCAUGCACCUUUUCUGUUUUGGCAUGUUUUGCCUAAGCAUAUAAGGUGUAAUUUUUUAGGUUGUUUAUAUAACGAUCUUUUUAGAAUGUGGCUAUUGUAAUUAUCCAUCAAAUCCAGUAUUUGCUGCCACUGUUUAGUCUUUACAUAUAAUCAUGUCCCACAACUUGGUUUUGAGGAAAAUAAAUACAGAUUUUGCAGUGCUGUCUCUAAUGAUAAUGAGUAAACAUGAGGUUUCUUUUUAUAAUCUUACUUUAUAUUAUGUUUAAGAUUAAACAACCCAUAAGCAAAAACCAAAAGCAAAAGCCUCUUAAAUCCCUUAAUUACUCUUUUGAGUCUGGGAAAAUGGGAAACCAAAGACCUCAAAUUGCAAGAGAGUGGGGAAAACCAGAUGUUUAGCAUGGAAGCUGCAUGCAGCAAGUUAUGUAGAAAUGUUUUUACUAAUGAGGGCCAGUGGAGUCGUUUAGAAUCACCUAAAUCUAGCACAUUCAUUUUGUAGUUUUAGAAGCUGAGACACACACGGGCUGAGUUACUUACUGAAAGUCACAGCUGUGGCAGCCUGAAAACAAUUCUUAUUCACAGAUAAGUGGGAAGUAAAAAUGAGUUUAUUCUAGAGUUAGGAAGUUGAGACUUUUUCUUUUGAUGAAGGGUUUAUUGCAACAUUUUUUUUCUGAAAUAUUUUAAAAUAAGAAAUAAAUACAACCAACUUUUUUUUUUAAAGCCAUACAUGAAUGAGUUGCGAUUUUUUUCUGGAUUUAGUUCAAAAGAACUGAGGGUAUCUGUGCUUGACCCAAAUGGUCAUUAUGACACCCAGUAUUAGAAUUGGUGGACUAACAAUGAGAAAGAGAGAUAAGUUCCUGUUGCGCACAGAUACUGGCCAGUCAGGAUACACAAUAGAGUAGUAACCUGUGAAACAAACAUCAGAUGUGCUCUUAAAUGUUGUUUCUCAUAAUGCAGUAAUAUAAUUCACAUCGAUCUAAUGGAACAGUUAAAAGAUUUGUAUACAUACGUGUGACUUUGUCUCGUUGUGGGUUAACUGUGGAGUCAGAAGAAAGAAAGAAUACAUACGUUUAAAAUUUUAUUUUAAAAAGCCAAGUUGCUAUUUAUAACCAUUAACUGUUGCUUUGACUUUAUUGCAGUGUUUUUUAAACAUUAAGAUUUUUUUGUACUAUACUAAUUUGACAUUUUUAAGUUGACUUUAUAAACUUUUUAUAUACUACUAUAAGUGGAAAAUCAUUUUACAUACCACAACUAGCAGAUAAUAAAUACAAUUAAAAUGAAAAUUAAACCAUGAGAAUUUAAAAAUAAAGAAUUACAUAUUAGGAACAGUCAAUGUGAGCAAUGUAUUAAAAUAUUUUCCUGGAAAUAAUGUUCUUUCCUGAGAAGAAUGAUACUAUUUAUGAUCAGUCAGUAAUAAAGAGACAGUGACCUCGC